AAGUUCGCAAAUUGUCAUUUAACAGUCAACACUACCACCUACCUGUCUCCGUCUCUCUCGAAACGCUUCAAUUUCUCACUGUAUAACCAAAAAUCAUCCCUUUAUUGGCUCUUUGAUCUCCAAUGUGGCAGCUCCUCUUGGGCGCUGCGGUUGCAGGAUCCACCGGAUUCCUUGCUAAACACCUCUUUAAACCCUUUCCCAACGACCCCAUUUCUCCGGAUUCCCCGAACGCCAAUCUUGAUCAAGGAAAACAAGACAUUCGUCUCCAAAAUGGGGUUUUGGAGUAUGGGUUCGAGAGCAAUUGCGAGGAAAAACAGAAUCAAUGUGAGAUCUUUAGAUUUUCCAGUCCAGACUCUGCUGGAAAAUCUGGGGUUAAAACCAUGAAGUUGAAGAAAAAGGUUGUCUUGAACACGGUUGAGAAGAGAUCAAGCGGCGGCGGCGGAGGUGGUGUGGAGGUGAAUAGAAAGAAGGUUGUUGUUCGCUUGAAGAAGAGAGCUGCUAAAAAUGUGGCUUAUCAGUGUGGGUCAUUCCCUCCUAAAGACAGCUCUGUAUUUCAUUGGGGACUUGGCUUUGGUAUGAUGUGCAUGAUGUCGGCUGGGAGGGCUGAGAUCGAUAAACUCAACUCGACCAUGGAUGAGACUGCAAGAGUGGUCCGGGAGUUAAAAACUAAGCUAUGUAAAAGAAAAUCAGCGUGUGAUCCACGAGCUUCAAAAUCUGCAACUGAAAUUGCUCCAAGCUCAAAGAGGUUUAGUGGCAAGGAUUCGCAGUUACUGCUCGAGAAGUUCAGUACGGGGAACUUAGACAACAAUGAGAUGAAAGACUGCAGUCUCCCCAUUAUCGAUGACCGCGAAUAUGCUAGUAGUGUUCUCACCGAAGAGCCUGAACCAGAGUCAGAGGUGAUGGAAAUGGAUCAACUAGAGGCGGAGCUCGAGUUAGAACUGCAAAAAUUGAGUGAGACCGGAGCUUCAGCCAAAAGUCAGCGUGAGCCGUUGGAGGGGUUCGAUUCAUACCAUUGCCAGGGAGUACUGCCGUCUGAACUAGAUCAGAAACUGUGCCAUCUGUUAAUCGAGCAGCAGGAAAACCAAAUCGAGGAGCUAGAAUCCGAAUUGAAUUCAGCUCAAUCCAAACUCUGCAAGAAGGAAACCGAACUCCAAGCACUAAAAGAUUGUGUUCGACGCCUGACUAACUUUUCCCUAUCUACCGUCUCAGAUGAUGACACCAAGGCCCGAGGGGAUCAAGAAUGUAUGGAGGACCAGGAUUGUCCUACUAAAAUCGGAUCCGAGACGACGGAAAUCAUUGGCCGGCACGAAGAGACAUAUGGAGUUUUAAGUCCCCAACUGGUAUUUGCAUGGCUCUCAUAUAGUGUAGGUCACCACCAUUGUGAAAAAUCAAGCUUAAAUGGACACUUCAAUAUCAGAUUCACAGUGUCUGAUUAUAUUUAGCUGUACUUCUUUUCUCGAGUGCAUAACAGAAACCCUGUAACCUUGACUUUGUUGUUCUCUUGUUGGGAAAGGAAAUUACAAUCAUGGCCAUUCAGGUGUUGGUAAA